UUGGUUUUCCCCGGAAGUGCAGUUACACGGAAGUAAAUUUUAUAACAGAAGUUAAUGGCUACACUGUGUCCGAACAGGAAACGAUAAUCCUCGAUUUGUACAGGUAAUAAGAUAGUUUUUGUUGUAACGGGUAAACUCCAUUUUGAGGUAAUUACGUGAAGACCACAUGGAAGAGAGUACUCCAAAUAUGGAAGGAGUAAGUGAUACAUGGGAAUUCGACAACAAUGUCAAAUACCUUGAGCAAGAGAGGUAUGAAGGAACGGUAAAUCUGGAAAGGCAUGCAGCAGACAGCUGGGAACCGCCAGAAAAUGGAUCUGACUUCAGUGGUUCGUUACAAAAUCCUUCCGUCGAACACGAUGUUUACGACGGGGUUUCAAUCGGAUAUAAUGCUGGAGAAAGAGACACUGACUGCCGUAAAAGAGACAGAGGUGGGGAUCCUGAAGCUGACCCAGAUGUUUUAAUACAUCCUUCACUAAGUUUUGGAUCAUAUCCAGCUGUUUCAUUGGACGAAACUCUCCUAGUCGAUCAAGUGGACCGUUUAAACAAUGCACCGACUUAUUCCGAUGGAAUCGGCGCACAGGAUCGACGGCUGGAUACUUGCAAUCGGGAAAAGUGGAUUAAGACUGGGGAUCAAUUCCAAGGAACAGAACCUAGAAAAUGGUCCUUCGAGAAUAGAAGCCUUUCAUUCCGGAGUGACGAAUCGGGAGGUGUCCUUGGGGAUUCUUCUUCACCGACAGCAGUUAUUUUAAAGAACUUACUGGUUGCAAUGAUGCAACCACAACAGUCUAACAAGACUAUAUCGACAUCAGUAUAUACCAUUAUCAACACUGAAGUCUUGGAUAAAAAACGCAAGACCUGGCAAAAUGAGGAAUAAGUCAAUGUGAUAAAGCAGAUAGCAACAUCCGCCGAGUCGGAACCUGGGUCACCAAUGGUCUUUGUGUUUGCUUGUCUUCUAUUUGGACUAAAGUGCUUUCACAGCAUCCUGACAAAUAUGCUGUGGAUUGAGCGGAAACCUCUGCCAAAACAGACGGGUCUACCGUAUCAUUGUCUGUCUAUGACAAAAGGACUGAUGCCUUGCAGUCGGAAGGAGUCAAUUGUCGCAUUAUACGAGUCAGUAAUAUCUCCAGCCCCGUCCGUACUGCCGGUAUACAUGAUGGAAUUUCAUGGAAAGGAUACUGAUAUGCUGCAUGUCAAUCAGCAGAGGCCCAACAUUCAAGUCAGCGAAGCUGUAAAUGUGGUCCCUCUUCCCAGUCUGCCUGAUCGUACCGAUGUAGCCUAUGUAAGCGAUGAAUCUGAAUCUCCCGAUCCUGCAGAGGAAACCCCCCAAUGGAAGUUCCAACAUGUAGAAACGUCGCUGUCAAGUGACCGUGAAUAUGGGUGUUCUGAUUUAUCUUCAUUUCAAACGUCACGGGGAAACAUUCACUUUACAGGGAAUGAAAAACCUUCAGGAAACACGGUGUCCCUACACAGUUCCACCAAAAUGCAAAAAGGAAAGCUGAUUUAUGGAACCAGCUCAGAUUAUAUAUCAAAUUUUCUUAGUCAGCGAAGAACACCAGCUAGGAUGAGGGGAGUGCUGCGACAUCCGAUUUUACAGAAUAUGUCAACGGAAGAAGGAUUUCAAAGGGACGUACAUUAUGAGAGGUGGAAAGACGUCGCUGAAGAUGAGUUUGGGAGAAUGAUGGUGUGCCGUGGAAGGGACAACCACACUGUGUUUACAUUUUUCAUGAUAGAACGGAAUUCAAAUUGGUUUCGAGAUGAGGAACUUCUGUUCUACCUUAAGUGUGAUGGGAAGGUGCAAAUUGUUCCCGAGUUACUAGGAGUUAUUGAAGAGGAUGGUUAUGUCAAGAUGAUGUUCCCGUUCACACCAGGACAUGAGGUGUUGUCGACCGUGGUGGAAGCUGGGAGGCACUUAUGUAAUAGGAAAGGUCUGCUGCGGUUCCUGGAACAGUUGGUCCGAGGGAUAGAGAAGCUUCAUGCGAACGGAGUGACUUUGGGAGUAAUAAAUGAUCGCAUGGUUCUGUUGGACGCAGAACUAGGCAGUACCGGUAUUCAUCUCUUCCCGUGGAGAUCAGUGAGAACGACAGAACACACCAACAAGAAAUCGACCAAUCAGCCUUUACGUGCAGGAGCUGAUCCAUUAACGCGGGCUGGGAAGGAGGACAAAGCCACAGAUAUGUUAAGCCUCGGUCAACUACUACAAAGGAUACUGUCAAGACUCCAGGAUCCAAGCCCAUUGGCUACUCAUCUGCUGGUACAGCUACUGGAACCAGACAAGGAAGUGAGGAUCACGGCAUCUGGAGCCUCAAAACACCGUCUGUUUGAACAUAGGCGAUGCCUCUCCAUCGAAUGCGGUGAAGAUGCUCCGAUUAUUUGAACUGGACUGGAAAACGAGCAACAGAUACGUACAUACGUCUUUUACGUUUGAUGGAAAUCAGUUUAGUUUUAUUAUAACAGGAGCCAGAAGACGAGUUAUAAAGCCCUCGUGAAAUAUAUCCAUACACGCAAUGUAAUCUGAAACGU